UUGUUUUUGUUCUUUUUUAUUGUUAUAGAAAUUUGAAAAUGAGCUCUCUUUUAUUUUGUAAAAUUAAAAGAAUAUGGCUCAAGCCAUUGAAGAAUGGUAUAAGCAGAUGCCGGUCAUCAUCCGCUCUUAUCUCACAGUUUCUGUUGUAAUCAAUAUUGGUUGCUCUCUCGAAAUAAUAUCACCUUAUAAUCUGUACUUGAACCCUACGCUUGUGGUUAAGCAUUAUCAAUUCUGGCGCCUCGUUACUAACUUCCUAUACUUCCGCAAGAUGGAUUUGGAUUUCAUGUUUCACAUGUUCUUUCUUGCUCGAUACUGCAAACUCCUUGAAGAGAACACUUUUAGGGGAAGGACUACAGAUUUCCUUUACAUGCUCUUGUUUGGAGCUUCUGUCUUAACUGUCAUUGUGCUUAUUGGCGAAAUGAUACCUUAUCUGUCGGCAUCAUUUGCAAGAAUCAUAUUUCUAAGCAAUUCAUUGACAUUCAUGAUGGUUUAUGUGUGGAGCAAGCAAAAUCCUUUUAUACAUAUGAGUUUUCUGGGUCUUUUUACCUUUACGGUAGCUUACGUGCCAUGGGUUGUUUUAGCAGAAUGCUUGAAAGGAUUUGGUCCUUGGAAUGCAGUUUUGGAGCCUUUUUCUGGGUGCUAUUGA